CCCAUCCCAGCCGGCAUGGCCUUGUGCCAAAACAUUGGUUAUGACUCUAUGAGGAUGCCCAACCUGCUGGGACACGACUCUCCAGCUGAGGCCGUACAACAGAGUGCCAGUUGGUUGCCACUUCUAGCAAGAGAGUGCCACCCCGACGCCCGCAUCUUUCUCUGCUCUCUAUUCGCUCCCAUCUGCCUUGACAGGUUCAUAUCACCCUGCAGAAGUUUGUGCGAGUCUGUACGGGACAGCUGUGCACCGAUCAUGAGUUGCUAUGGCUACCCCUGGCCAGAAAUUCUACGUUGUGACCAGUAUCCUGCAGACCAUCUUAUGUGUAUCUCCUCCAUUACCAACACCACUGUCCACACAAGCGGGCGGAGAGUGCCUCUGGCGAGCUGCCGUGACUGUGAACUGGAGGAGGCCUCCUCUUCAAGAGAUACUCUGGAGACUUUUUGUAAGAGUGAUUUUGUUGUGAAACUGCGUCUAACGCGGCUCAAGUACAGUCCUGGAAGCCUGUCACAGUUCUCACUGGCUGCCAAACUGGAUGUUCUGAAGCAUGGACCCCUGUUAGGUGGGCAGAUACGCUCGCACAUUGAGCUGUGGCUAGAGAGGGACGCCACCUGUGUAAGGAACAUGACAAGACAACAUCCCCAAGGCGGCAACUUCCUAGUGACAGGCUCGGUGCAGGGGGGGCGCAUGGUGGUAAAUAAGGCUUAUGCCUGGCAAAGACGGGACAAGAAACUGAUGGGAGCUGCGCGCAAAUGGAAACAGCACAGAUGCAGGAGCUAA